UAACAAAAUCACAUAUUGUUUUUUAAGUUUUAGACUAAUGUUUUAAUAAAUAUUUUGAUUUUAAAUAACUACUCAAGUGAAGGUUUUGUUAAUAUCUCAUAUUUUUUUUUUUUUAAUUUCAACUUGUAUCUAGUCAAUUAAAAUAUAUUUUAUAUAUUCUACAAUAUAACAUACAUAUGGCUAAUAUAGAGAAGAUUAUAUGCAAAGGUUUAAGUAAUAAGAAAGAUUAUUUAUUGCAUAAAUUAAAAAAUGGUAUGAAAUGUUUGUUAAUAAGUCAGCCAGAUAAUGGAUGUACAACUACUACAAAUAUUAAGCCUGAGAUCAAUAGAUUGUCUGUUACCAGCACAGAUGAAAAUGAUCAUUCAUCAACUGACGAGUCCUAUUCAAGUGAUGAGGAAGAAACACAAAAAGAAAGUGACUCAUUUGCAAUGUCUCUAUGUGUUCAUAAUGGUAGUUUUAGUGAUCCUGUUGAGGCACAAGGACUAGCACAUUUAUUGGAACACAUGGUUUCAAUGGGGAGUAAACGUUAUCCAGCAGAUAAUCAUUUUGAUCGGUUUUUGUAUCGAAAAGCUGGCUAUUCUAAUGCUGAAACUGGAUGUGAAUACACAAAUUAUCAUUUUGAAGUGCCCAUGGAAUAUUCUCAAGAAGCAUCAGAUAUAUUCGCUAGUAUGUUUCAAGCACCUAAAUUAGCAAAAGAAUCAAUAGAUAAAGAAAAGCAAGUUGUAGAUUCAGAAUUUCAAAUGGCUAUUUCCGAUGAUGAUAGUCGUAUACAGAGAUUGAUAUCAAUAUGUGCUGAUAAAGAAAAUCCUGCUGGACAAUUUUUCUGGGGAAAUUUGGAUAGUCUAAAUCAUGAAAAUUUGAACGAAAUGGUAGUAGACUUUUGGAAAAAUCAUUAUUCGGCCAGCCGUAUGACUCUAGCGGUUCAAAGUAAACAACCAACACAUGAAAUGGUUGAAUGGAUUGAUAAUUUAUUUAGUGAAGUACCAACAGAUAAUCAACCACCACCAGUAUUUAAAAUUAGUCAAGAUCCAUUUUGUCCAGAACUUUUUCACAAAAUGUUCAAAAUUGUAUCAGUAAGUUCUACUAAAAGCAUAAUAUUUACUUGGUAUUUACCACCAAUUAUUGAGCUUUACAAAAUUAAACCUUUAGAAUACAUUGCUUGGAUAGUAGGUCACGAGGGUAAAGGGACACUGAUUAAUUAUUUGAGGAAGUUAAACUAUGCGAUGGAACUUGAGGCUGGAGUUGAAGACGACUUUUAUAGUAAUAGUAUUUAUAGUUUAUUUUCCAUAACAAUUGAACUGACUGAUUUAGGCUUACAAAAUGUUAAUGAAAUAAUUGAGUUAACUUUUAGUUAUUUGAAAUUAAUCAAAGAAAAAGGAAUAUCUGAAGAUAUUUUUAAUCAAAUUCAAAUUUUAGCAGAAAAUGACUUUAAUUUUGCUGAAAAUAAAACAGCCAUUAAUCAUGUAAAAGAACUUUCUCAAAAUAUGUUGUGGUACGAUGAAGAAGAUUAUAUAAGUGGUCCAGCAUUACUUUAUGAAUAUUCACCAGAAACAAUUGCAAAGUUUUUAAGCUUACUAACAGUAGAGCGUGUAGCCAUAUUUAUAUUAGCUAAGGAAUUUGAUAACUCUGAUGUAUUUAUUAAGGACCCAAUUUUUGGAACAAAAUAUUUAGCUGAAAGUUUAACAAAGGAAUUAGAAAACAAACUGUCAAAAAUUACACCUCAUCCAUUUUUUAAAAUUCAUAGUGAUAACCAAUAUUUAACCAAAAACUUUUCAAUUUUAUCCCAAAGUACAGACACAAAAUAUCCUGAAAAAGUAUUUGAAAACGAUCAUAUUGAAUUGUGGUACAAACAAGAUAACCAAUUUAAACUACCUAAAAGUUAUAUCAUGUUUUAUUUUAUUACUCAUCUACCUUCAAAAUCACUUGAUAACUAUAUGUGUAUGGAUUUGUUUUUUGAUUCUGUUGUAUUUUUGUUAAAUGAAGAAACAUAUCCUGCAAUAAUGGCACAACUAAAUUACAGUAUAAGAGUAUUUAUAACUGGAUUUGAAUUAGCAUUUAAUGGUUUUAAUGAGAAAUUACCAUUACUUAUAGACAUAGUAAUAAAUUGUUUGAAUAACUAUGCAAGCUUGAUGACUGAGGAAAUAUUUACCAUGAUAAAGUCCAAAGCUAUUAAUAGACUUAAAAAUAAUCAGUAUGAUUUGGACUAUGUUCCAUCUGAUUUAAAAAAUAGUUUAAUUCAAGAUCCUGAUUGGUAUUUAGAUAAACGACUUAAAUAUUUGGAAACCUUGGAGUACAAACAAAUUCUUACAUUUUAUGAACAACUUAACACUUUAUAUUGCAGAGCAUUAAUACAAGGAAAUAUAAAUCAGACCCAAGCUAUUGAAGUUUCAAAAAAAGUUGUAAGUAUGUUAAAUUACCAGCCAUUAGCAAAAGAAUGUUUUCCAACUGUGUUAAUUAAACGUCUCAAUCAAGGUGAUUUCAGAAUAAAAAUGGCAAACUAUAAUCCAAAAGAUAAUAACUCGAUGGCUUAUAAAUAUUAUCAAUUUGAUAAAAAUGAUAUAAAUGAUUCUGUAAAAUAUCAUGUACUACAGUCAAUGAUGGAAGAAUCAGCAUUUGAUGAAUUACGAACAAAACAAUGUCUCGGCUAUGAUGUACAACUAAAUGUAACUGCUACUUACCAUCAUUAUGGAUUUUAUUUUAAAGUGGCACAUCAAAAGAAUAAAUUUGAAACAAAAUAUGUAUUUGAUAGAAUGGACGACUUUUUAAAACAGUUUUGGGAAAACUUUAAUGAUCCGGAUGAAGUUGAUAGUAAAGAUGCAUUAAUUGCAUUAAAAGCAUCGCCUGAUGAUUGUUUAGGACAAGAAUUUAGCAGAAAUAUAAAUGAAAUUCUGGAAGGACGUUUCAAAUUUAAUAGAUUGGAAUUAGAAAUUGAAGCACUAAAUAAUAUGACAUAUGACGAUGUCAAAAAUCUAAAACAAGGGUUUUUAAAUGGUCGGGCAUUCAGUGUUGAAAUUAUCGGCAAUUGUAAUGAAGAAAAUUCGAGUGAUGAAAGUCCGCCUAUUAAAAAAAUGUGCCUAGAAGAAAAUGAAAAUUUUAUAUAUAUUGAAAAUGUUGAACAAUUUAAAAGCACCUUAAAACCCUUUUAACAGAAUUAUUAAUAUAAAUACAUAUUUGUUGUGUUUCUGUGAAAUAUUACUAAUACAAAUAUAUAUUUCUAUAUUUUAUUUAUACCUAUAUAU